AUGAAACUGCUGUUUGGACUUGUCCUCUUGCUGUCGGUUGCCUUAGGGAUCCACGCAGCAUCCAAGCGAAAUAAAAUCAUAAAACUUGAAAUUUUCAUUUCAGCAGAACAAAAUGUUGACGAGGGAACGCCAGCGCUAGGUCCCCCUCAAGCGUCAGCGUCAAUUACAAAAGUCGACUCUUCCACCAACACCACUACAGACUUCAAACAGGACGCUGCACCUACGACAACCACAGCCGCUCCUCAGAACGACAACACGACUGCUGCCGCAACGGGAAAUGAAGCUGGAGUCACAGCAGCAGCUGUUGCAACUUCAAAUGAAACACAAAUACUCGAAGUUUCGACUCAAUCUCCUCCAUACAAUUUAAAUACUGAAAAUAUAAAUUCCGCCAACGAUUCCACAAGCCCCAACGACAACAAAACCGACUCGGCUACUACGGAAAUCAUACCGACAACAGUAGCUCCUGCAGAGAACGCCACAGGGACUAACCCAGGCCUCCCGGCCAAAAAUGAGGGUAGACAUUUUGAUUUGACGUCAUUUUUCGGAGGAAUUUUGCUGUGUUUCUUUAUAGUAGCUCUCGUCCUCCUUGCCAUCAAGUGUUUCGGAAAGAAGAAAGAUUACCAGCCGAUGUAA